AUGAACGCCGGCACCGAUGACGGCGCGUAUGUUCCACGACGAAAGCGACGACGGGCAGACUUAUCGUCGUCGUCUGCAACGGUAUCGCAAGACAGCCACUCGAUCGGUCGCUCGACGCACGAAGCUUCGGCACAGCAGGAAGCAUCGUGGGUGCGUCAAGAACGAGGGAUCGUAGUCGAAGGCGAGCACCCGAUCCCGUCUCCAAUACGCAGUUUCGAUGAGCUUGAGCUGUCCCGAGACGCCAUGUCAGCAUUGCAGUCGCGUGGGGUGACGGCGCCAUCAGCUGUGCAGGCUCAGGCUCUUCCCUGCAUGUUGCAAGGUCGCGAUGUGGUCGCGCUGGCCCCUACUGGCAGUGGAAAAACGCUAUGCUACAUCCUCCCGAUGUUCAAAUUGCUGCAACGACUGCAUCAGCACGCGGGGCCUGCACUGUGGAAAGACCCCUCGAUGGCAUCGACGCCAACAGCACCUCGUGCGCUGGUCGUUGUGCCAACACGAGAGCUUGUCGACCAGGUCGUGCAAGAUCUCACGGCCUUCUUCCCUGGCCGAACGCCUUCACCGGUCGUGGGUGUUUAUGGCGGCAUUGCAGUGACGGAGCAGCUCUCUCAGCUGCAACAACGUGCGAGUGAUCCAAUGGUACUGGUGGCAACACCCGGGAGAUUACUGCACCUUGCGCUGCGUCAUGGCGCAACGCUGUCACUUGGACAGGUUUCUCUACUUGCAGUCGAUGAAGUGGAUCGCGUGCUGGAAGCUCCUGAGAUGGAGAUGCAGCUGCGUGAGAUCCUGCAGCUCGCAAACAAUGCUGGACGGCAGACACUGCUAUGUUCAGCAACGUUGCCUGUCUUUUUGCCACGACUGGCACGGUCGGCAGUGCUUCGGCCCGUCACGAUUCAUGUCGACGUGGCGAAUAUGCCGAGCCAGUAUCCAUCGACAUGGAGCACUGGCACGAAGGAUCCUUCGACUGUCAGGCUAGCGCUCUCCGAAUCGUCGGACGUGGCUCACGAUGUGCAGUUCAUGCACCCUGCGAAGAAAUCGACCCGACUACUUGGUGUGCUGCGUGCCACGAAGCAACCGCCAGUGUUAGUGUUUUGCAACACGCGUUCAAGCGUCGAGCGUGUAGCUCGCCUCUUGCAGGAUGAGCAAUUUCACGUCGCACCGCUCCACGGCGGGCAGUCCCAAGGCUAUCGCAUCCAAGCGUUGCGCGCUUUUCGAGCAGGCUACGUCGACGUCUUGGUGGCAACGGACAUGGUCUCUCGAGGACUUGACUUUCCCGGCGUCGAAACUGCAGUGCUGUUCGACAUCCCGAACACGAUCGAAGACUACAUGCACCGCUGUGGUCGUGUAGGCAGGCGGCAAACAGGGGACGAUACUGGAGGUUCUGGUGCCGCGGGAAAAGUGACGUCGUUUUUGACGCGCGAGUGCGCCAUUGCUGCGGAGCUGAAGCAGGUGCUGCUGGCAGCUAGACAGCCUGUGCCGCGCGAGCUGAACACUCCGAGACUCUUUCACCGAGUCGAUACGCUCGUCGACUAG